CUUUUGCUUAAUGUCUUUAAACAGUUAUCAGCUCAUUACCUGAAGGAAAAGAAUUCAUAUUUGGAAUUUGCAAUAUCUAUGUCCGAAGAUGUUGGUGGGAUUGAUGGGAAUGUGGAAUCUGUGGUAGCUUCUGUUUACGUUGGUCAGUUUGCCAGAUUACUUGAGCAUGAGGGCACUUACGCAAUGCAAGCCUUAACUGAUGAUGAAUAUGUCCGUUAUACUCUUGCUGAAGGGAAGAGGUUCCAGGACUCUUUUGAAAUUAUUGCUCUCCUUAAAAGAUCUUUUGAAGCAUACAAUAACUUAAAGGCUACAAGGAUGGCUUCCUAUUGUGGAGUCCAGAUGGGCAGAGAAUACUUUGUAAUGGGCGAAUUUAGUAAUGCAAAGCAGGUCUUUGAAAAUAUUGCUAGUCUUUAUCGUCAAGAGGGAUGGGUUACUUUGUUGUGGGAGGUAUUAGGUUAUCUACGAGAGUGCUCUGUGGGAAUUAGUUCAGUGAAAGACUUCAUAGAGUACUCACUUGAAAUGGCUGCAAUGCCAAUAAUGACUAAUAAUGCUGCUCCGUCUUUUAGAGACUGUUGUCCAGCUGGGCCUCCAAGUCUUUCACAGAGAGAACAGAUACACAAGAAAGCAUUUGGGCUCGUCACAGGAGAAUCAGGAACUGCACCGAGUGAGAACAAUGGCCUCAAAGUAAAUGGUGAUUGUCCUCUUUAUCUUGAGAUUGAUCUUGUCAGUCCCCUAAGAGUGGUACUUCUUGCAUCAGUUGCUUUUCAUGAACAAAUCGUUAAGCCGGGUGCUCGAACAAUGAUCACAAUAUCUCUUCGGUCACAAUUGCCACUGAAUGUUGAGAUAGAUCAGUUGGAGGUGCAAUUCAAUCAAUCAGAGUGUAAUUUUAUUAUCACAAGUGAUCAGAAGCCACGCUUAGCUGCAAUCUCUCAUGUGCAUCCUGAUCGUCGAGUGGAGACAGCUCCUACUCUGGAACUCCCUACAAGCAAAUGGCUGCGAUUGACAUAUGACAUAAAACCUGAUCAAAGUGGAAAGCUGGAAUGUAUAUAUGUAAUUGCAAGAAUUGGACCCAACUUUACCAUAUGUUGCAGAGCUGAAAGUCCUGCCUCGAUGAAUGAUUUACCAUUGUGGAAUUUUGAAGACAUGACUGAAACUAUUCCUACUAAGGAUCCAGGUCUAGCAUUUUCUGGUCAGAAGGCCAUACAGGUUGAAGAAUCGGAACCACAAGUGGAUCUAAAACUGGAUUCAUCUGGCCCUGCAUUAGUUGGAGAGAGCUUUAUUUUACCCGUGACGGUUGCCUCUAAAGGCCAUGCAAUCCACUCUGGUGAGUUAAAGAUUAAUCUGGUAGAUACAAAAGGUGGUGGUUUGCUUAGUCCAAGAGAAGUUGAGCCAUUCUUGGCCGACAAUUUACACGUUGAACUUGUUGGUAUAUCUGGGCAAGAACGUGCGGAUCAUUCUGAAGUUAAUAUUGAUAACAUUCAGAAAAUCCAGCCAUCUUUUGGACUGAUUUCUGUCCCGUUUCUAAAUGUGGGGGACUCCUGGUCCUGCAAACUGAAAAUUAAAUGGAAUCGUCCCAAACCCAUCAUGGUUUAUGUCUCGUUAGGUUACCAUCACAGCAGCGAACCUAGUUCUCAGAAAGUUCAUGUACACAAAAGCUUGCAGAUCGAAGGUAAGACUGCUGUUACUAUUAGCCAUCAUUAUAUGCUUCCAUUUCGACAGGAUUCUCUUUUGCUGUCAAACAUCAAAGCAAAACACGAUUCUGACCAUACACCAUCACUGGCUUUCAAUGAAACAAGUAUUCUUAUAAUUAGUGCAAAGAAUUGUUCAGAAGUGCCACUGCGGUUGUUGUCAAUGUCUUUUGAUUUGGAGGAUGAUGAUUCAUUAAUCAUACAGCCUAAGGAGGAGAAAUUUAGAGAACCCAUUCUUCAUGUGCCCGGAGAAGACUUUAAAAAGGUUUUUGCUGUCAUUCCGACGGGAAAUUGUUCAACACUAAAGACCGGGGCAGUUAGUCUGGAAUGGCAGAGGGAUUCUGGGUUAGGAGAAGGUUUUUAUUCUUGCUCUGCUUCUUCUCAAGUUACAAAACACAGGCUUCCUGAUGUCAAUGUUGAGCUACCUCCAUUGGUUGUCAGGUUAAAAUGUCCCCCUCAUGCCAUUGUAGGGCGUCCAUUCACAUAUUCUGUUACCAUUCAAAAUCAAACCGAGUUGCUCCAGGAAAUCAAGUAUUCGUUGGCCGAUUCACAAAGUUUUGUGUCGUCUGGGCCUCACAAUGACACGACUUUUGUCCUACCAAAAUCAGAGCACGUUAUCAGCUACAUGCUUGUCCCUUUGGGCUUAGGUUCUCAACAGCUUCCUAAAGUUACCUUGACUUCAGUGAGAUACAAAGCUGGUUUUCAGCCCUCAACUACAUCAUCUACUGUCUUCAUCUUCCCCUCAGAACCUCCUUUUCAGGUCACUGACAUUGGAGAAACAAGAUUUGAGUCCGUUACCCAGUAGUGUUUUUGGUAAGAAAAUUGUGUUAUGGUAUAGUACAUCUUAUCUUCUGACAAGCAAGAAAUAUUACUGAUUGAUCGGCUCGAUCUACCGUUUGAAAGUACAGUGAACACAAUGUUGACUGUGAAUCAGAAUUCUAUUCUGCCAUGCUUUUCAAUCACAGCCUCUACGUGGAGAGAGAGCGUUGAAAUUCUGACACUCGGGCAUAAUUGUUGUAUACAUGCCAAAGCGGAAACUGUUGGAAACUGAAGAUAUGCGAGUGAAAUUUUUUUGUAAGAAAAUCUGUUUUGGAUAAAUUAUGAAGUCGAAGUUCUUUCAUAUUCUUGGUUGGGAAGCCAAAUAAUGCAUAUCUGUAUAUGCAAUGUGAUGAUUUAAAAGACCAAGCAGCAUGGGUAUCCUCUUCUUAAUUCUCUUCAUUGGGAAAUUCUGCCAGUUUUGUUCUCUCGGAACUCCUCUUCUUAUUCUGGAUUCAGAAUGCUAAAUGUUUGGUAAAUUUUAUUUUUUUAGAUUGUAAGAAAUGUGAGGAUAAAAAAGUGGAUAAGAACAGUUGAUCCUACUGAAUGUAUGCAUAAAUAUGAUAGUUGAAAAAGAACUGCCGUGAACAAAAGAAUAACCAUGUUUUACUAUAAUGUUUGGUGUAUAGUGUUUUUGACAACAUUGUUGAUAACA